AUGAAACUACUGCUAGUGUUGGUGCUUUGCUGGGCCUGUGUCGGAAUGGUGUCCUGCAGGCGCAAGAUUCAAUGUCGAUUGCUUCAAUCCGUACAGGAAGCGGUAACGACUCCAGCUCCGAAGGAAGUUCACAUUAUCAACAGUACCGAAUUUGAGAUGAUAAUGAUGAAACUGGAUGCCCUGGAUUUGCGACUGAUUAAAACGGAAUUCGCACUGCAAAAUACCGUUCAUACCAUCGCUAAUGACGUGGUCAAUUUGGGUCAGGUUGUUGAAAAAAUGGCCUGGGUGGCCAGUCAAACCGAGCUGUCCAGUAGUUUUGUUGAACAUCACGUGAAACUGAUCGAGUACAAUUUAACUACACUGCAAAAGGAUGUUCGAGAUUUGCUCAAUUUCCAGCAGCGCCUGCCGACAAGAAACUACAUCGAGAAUGCAUUGGUUAAGCUGAAGUUCACUCCGGCUCCCCAAGAACCGAUCACGGAGCAGAAAAUGCAAACCAUCGUUGAAACCAUGCAGGCGAUAAUGGACGAACCGAUGUACGAGUAUUGUGAUCAACUACCGAAGAGUAAGGCGUCGGGAGUUUACGUCAUUCAACCGGAUGGUGAUUUCCGAGAACCGAUGAAGGUUUUGUGCAACCAGACUUUCCUGGGCGGUGGAUGGACAGUGUUUCAAAGUCGAUUCAAUGGAACAGUGAAUUUCUAUCGUGAUUAUCGUGAGUAUUCUCGUGGUUUUGGGAAAAUGGACAGUGGUGAGUUCUGGCUCGGGUUGGACAGAGUCCAUCGGUUGACGUAUUCGGCUCCACACGAGUUGGUGGUGGUACUGGAAGAUUGGGAGGGUGUUUCGAAGUACGCCCGGUAUGAAAACUUCGAAGUGGCCGGAGAGUUCGAAAACUUCAAAGUGAACAAAAUCGAUGGCUACACGGGAACGGCUGGAGACUCAUUGGAUUACAUUUUGGGUGCAUAUUUCUCCAGUUUCGAUCAGGAUCAUGACACCAACGAGAGGGAUAACUGUGCCAUCAAAUAUCACGGAGCCUGGUGGUACAAAUCUUGUCAUUCGAGUAACCUAAACGGGAAGUAUUUUCGGGGAAACACAACCGAGUUUGGUGCGGGAAUGAACUGGAAUACCUUCCACGGGAUGAACUAUGCGUUGAAAUCUUCGAUGCUCAUGAUCAGGCGCCGGUUGGAUAUGAUUGAUUUGGCGGCUACACGUAAUCUUCUAGUGAAAGUUGAUGACACCGUUGACGAAAAGGAGGAAACCAAUACGGUGGAAUAA